AUGGCCCCCACUUAUCUCCCCAACUUCCUCCAGGAGGACAGGCCCUGCCGCUCCCUUCGUCAUCCUCAGCUGGUCUUCACCGUCCCGACCUCCCGCCUCAGCACCUGUUUACUCUUUUUUUCUCAUUUAGGACCUGCUGCUUUCGAGUGCCAACAUAAAAUCAAGUUUAAUUUGAAGAAUAAGUUCUGGUGUGUGUUUGAGGGAAUCCCUAAAGCAGGUCAUUCAACACCUCUGAAUGAGUUUUACACAGAGAUCUUCAUCACAGAGAGAGGAAGUGGAGACGUCAACAAGGAACAUGAGGUCAGACUGAUUGAAACCGCUUCCAGGAAACCAGUCAAGAAGGAAACACCAAUCAAAUGUGAAGACAUCUUUAAACCCUUACCUGGAAAAGAUAAACCAAUCAGGACAAUAAUGACAACUGGAGUGGCCGGUAUUGGUAAAACCAUCUUAACACGCAAGUUCAUUCUGGACUGGGCUGCAGAAAAAGCCAACCACGACAUACACUUUAUAUUUCUCCUCCCUUUCAGAGAGCUGAAUUUACUGAAAGGGGAUCACUUUAGCUUGGUGGAACUGCUUCAUCACUUCUUUAUUGAGACCAAAGAAGCAGGAAUCUGCAGAUACGACCGGUUCCAAGUUGUCUUCAUCUUGGAUGGACUGGAUGAGUGUCGACUUCCUCUGGACUUCCAGAACAACAAGAUAUGGAAUGAUGUCACAAAGUCCACCUCGGUGGACAUGCUGCUGACAAACCUCAUCAGGGGCCACCUGCUUCCCUCUGCUUGCAUCUGGAUAACCACACGCCCUGCGGCAGCCAAUAAGAUCCCUGCUCAUUGUGUUGACGUGGUGACAGAGGUCAGAGGGUUCACCGACCAACAGAAGGAGGAGUACUUCAGGAAGAGAUUCAAAGAUGAGACGCUGGCCAGCAAAAUCAUCUCCCACGUCAAGAAAUCACAGAGCCUCCACAUCAUGUGUCACAUCCCAGUCUUCUGUUGGGUCUCUGCUACAGUUCUGGAGGACUGCUUCAAAACAUCCCAGAUAGGAGAAGAGACGCCCAAGACCGUGACUCAGAUGUACAGCCACUUCCUGAGGGUUCAGUCCAUACAGGGGGACAGGAAGUAUCGUUGGUUAGAAGAAACAGAUACACACUGGACUUCACAGAGCAGAGAGAUCAUUGUUUCUCUGGGAAAACUGGCUUUUAACCAGCUGGAGAGUGGCAACUUGAUCUUCUACGAGGCAGACCUGGUAGAGUGUAAAACAUAUUUUGAAGAAGCCUCAGUGUACUCAGGAAUGAUCACCCAGAUCUUUAAAGAGGAGUGUGGGCUGUACCAGGACAAGGUGUUCUGCUUUGUCCAUCUGAGCCUCCAGGAGUUUCUGGCUGCCCUUUAUGUCUUUUGGUCCUUCAUCCACGAUGGUGUCAAUCGGCUCUCGAAACCACCAACCUCCAGUGAGGAUGAACUCCUCCUCUACCAGAGUGCUGUGGACAAGGCCUUACAGAGUGAGAACGGACACCUGGACUUGUUCCUCCGCUUCCUCCUGGGCCUCUCUCUGGAGACCAAUCAGAUUAUCCUACAAGGUCUGCUGGGGAAGACAAUAAGUAGCUCACAGACUAACAAGGGAACAGUGUCUUACAUCAAGGAUAAAUUAGGUGGUAAUUUCUCUCCAGAGAGAAGCAUCAAUCUGUUCCACUGUCUGAAUGAGCUGAACGACCGUUCUCUAGUGGAGGAGAUCCAACAGUCCCUGACAUCAGGAAGUCUAUUCAGAACGCAUGUCUCUCCUGCUCAGUGGUCAGCUCUGGUCUUCAUCUUACUGACAUCAGAAGAGGAGCUGGACGUGUUUGACCUGAAGAAAUACAAAGCUUCAGAGGAGGUUCUUCUGAGCCUGCUGCCAGUGCUCAAAGCCUCCAAAACAUCUCUGCUGAAUGGCUGUCAUCUGUCAGAGAGAUGCUGUGAAGCUCUGGCCUCAGUUCUCAGCUCCAGCUCUAGUCUGAGAGAGCUGGACCUGAGUACCAAUGAUCUGCAGGAUUCAGGAGUGAAGCUGCUCUCUGCUGGACUGGGGAGUCCACACUGUACAGUGGAAACUCUCAGGAUGAAUGGCUGUCAUCUGUCAGAGAGAUGCUGUGAAGCUUUGGCCUCAGUUCUCAGCUCCAACUCCUCUAGUCUGAGAGAGCUGGACCUGAGUACCAAUGAUCUACAGGAUUCAGGAGUGAAGCUGCUCUCUGCUGGACUGGGGAGUCCACACUGUACACUGGAAACUCUCAGGAUGAAUGGCUGUCAUCUGUCAGAGAGAUGCUGUGAAGCUCUGGCCUCAGUUUUUAGCUCCAACUCCUCUAGUCUGAGAGAGCUGGACCUGAGUACCAAUGAUCUGCAGGAUUCAGGAGUGAAGCUGCUCUCUGCUGGACUGGGGAGUCCACACUGUACACUGGAAACUCUCAGCUUGUCUGGCUGCCUGGUCACACAGGAAGGCUGUGCUUCUCUGGCCUCUGCUCUGAGCUCCAACCCCUCCCAUCUGAGAGAGCUGGACCUGAGCUACAAUCACCCAGGAGACUCUGGAGCUGCGCUGCUCUCUGCUGGACUGGAGGAUCCCCGCUGGAGACUGGACACUCUCAGUGUGGAGCACGGUGGAGUGUUGAGGCUGAAACCAGCUCUAAAGAAGUAUGCCUGUGACCUCACACUGGACCCCAACACGGCCCACAGACUCCUCUCUCUGUUUGAGGACAACAGGAAGGUGACGCGGGUUGGAGAGGACCAGUCGUAUCCGGAUCACCCAGAGAGAUUUGACUCCUAUCACCAGGUGUUGGGUAGAGAGGCUCUGACUGGCCGCUGUUACUGGGAGGUAGAGAGGGAAGGAGGGGUUGAUAUAGGAGUGACAUACAGAGGAAUCACAAGGAGAGGAGGGGGUGAUGACAGUGAGCUUGGAGAGAACAACAAGUCCUGGAGUCUUCAUUGUGAUGAUGAUGGUUACUCUGCCCAGUACAACGGAGGACCUCCUCCCGGCGGUCUGGGUAGGGAGGUGGCGGCGGACCCCAGGGGGGGGGUGGGAGGAGUCCAUAGUGGAGGCCUCAGCCUCUCUGUAUGGCAGAGGAGCUCCCCCGACACCACAGGCCCUCGAGACGAGGUCCUGAAGGACCACUUCGUUAAGGGCCUAAGGGAGGGCCCACUGAAGAUCGAGCUGGAGCGACAUGGCAGACGUAACCCUACGGUGACCUUUGGAGCUCUCUGCGUCGAGGCCGAGGCAGUGGAGAAGGAGACAACCAGGAGGGAAACGCUGGCUUGUAGGGCCUAUGUGGCCCCCACCACCACAGCCUCACACCAGGGACCCAUCCCUCCAUCGGAGUGGGACCGGCUGAAGGAAGCUCUCCACGCCGAGCUGAAACAGGAGAUACAAAGCCAGGUGUCCCUCCUGGGCAAGACCAUUGUAGAGGACAUACGCAGUCAGUUACAGCAGGAACCAGCCCUGGCCCCUCGAAGGCAGGUGACCGAAGAGGGUAGCCCCAGCGAGACCCUAGACAAGCCCUUCUUGGUAGGCCAAUGCCCCGAAGUAGAGCUGAUGAUCCAUGGGGUUAAAAUUCCCUGCGUUUUGGACACGGGUUCCCAAGUGACUCUGUUUAGCUACUCCUUAUUUCAGCGCUGCGUGGCUCCAGAACUGCUACAAGACCCGGAAAGGAUCCCCUGGCUAACCCUUAAAGCCGCCAACGGACUGCGGAUCCCCUACGUAGGAUAUGCAGUGUUAGACUUUGCCGUUGGAGGGAUCGAGGUCAAGAACAAAGGGAUAGUGAUUGUAGAGGACAGCUGUAUGGGCACAGAGUAUGGCCUUCUAGGGAUGAACGUGAUCAAAGACUGUUGGGAGAAGCUUUUCCUAAAUGGCCAUCCUGGGGAAAUGGCGUUCAAGUCCACCAUACCCAAAGCCUCGGUCAAGGCGUGGGACAAGGCAUUUGCCAUAUGCAAGAGGAUCCAGGCCCCAGACGAGCCCCUUCAAGUAAGGGCAAGGCUGACUCAGCAGAGCCCCAUCUCCAUCCCCCCACGCACGGAGAUGAUCGUCUGGACUGAUGUUUCCCCAGUAGCAGGCUCCCCUGAUCAUCUCGUUCUGGUGGAAAACCUCCCAGACGAUACCGGAGCAGAGGAGCGCGGUUGGCGAGUGGCCCGGACCUUGAGCUGGGCACGAGGAGGUAAAGUCCCAGUACGUAUCUGUAACCCCCAGCUGUUCCCUGUGUUUCUCCCCCACCGACAGGCAUUGGCAACCGUUACUUCAGUUGACCCCGGGGACGUCCAGGGGCGGAACCAUUUGGUACUACGAGACUCGACCCCAGGAGUGGUGGAGGUGGACGUGCGGCCCGUGUGCCAGGGCCCAGCAAGAGAGACACCACUGCAGGGAGAGGAGAGCACUGAACUUCUUCCAGGGCAGUCGGAACAGUUCUCAGCCUUGCUACGAAAGUGGCCAGGGGUGUUUUCUGCCCACGAGGAGGACUUUGGUUUUACCACGGCCGUGCACCAUCGUAUCCCUACCGGAACGGCACCCCCCAUCCGGGAAAGGAUUGAGGAGUCCCUGACGGGCCUCCACCAGGCGGAAUGGUACUCGACGCUGGACUUAGCCAGUGGGUACUGGCAGGUCGGGGUGGCACCCCCUGACCAGGAGAAAACUGCGUUUGUCACCCCACUGGGCCUGUAUGAGUUCUCCCGGAUGCCUUUUGGUUUGUGCAAUGCCCCCGCCACAUUCCAGCGACUGAUGCAACGUUGCCUAGGGGACAAGGUACACGACCACCUUCUGAUAUACCUGGACGACAUCAUCAUUUACUCCCCUGACUUUGAGACCCACCUGCGACACCUGGAACAGGUUUUCGAACGCCUCCAAAGCCAUGGCCUUAAGCUGCAGCCCAAGAAGUGCCAGUUUUUCCAGCGACAGGUCCUCUACCUGGGACAUGUUGUAAGUGGCCGAGGAGUGGCCACCGAUCCAGAGAAGACGAGAGCGGUCCAAGAUUGGCCUGUCCCCACCACUGUCAAACAGCUAUACACUGAUGCCAGUCUGGACGGCUUGGGUGCAGUACUAGCCCAGGUGCAGGAUGGCAAGGAACGAGUGAUAGCUUACGCGAGCCGCAGCCUGGUUCCGGCCGAACGCAACGACCAGAACUAUAGCUCCUUUAAAUUGGAGCUACUCGGUAUGAAAUGGGCUAUAACCGAAAAGUUUAAGGACUACCUUUGGGGUGCAACGUUUACCGUAUUCACUGACAACAACCCGUUAGUACACCUCGACACCGCCCGUCUUGGAGCGACCGAACAGAGAUGGGCCGCCCAACUGGCCAAUUUCUCUUACGACAUCAAGUAUCGGCCAGGUGCCUCUAACCAAAAUGCAGACUUGUUGUCCAGGCUCCCAGGGGCCCUGAGUGCAGUUGUCCAGGUGACAGAGGACAGAGCGGAGGCCACCCCUGCUGAACCCCCGACCCACCUGGGAGACCCAGAAGAGACGCCCUGGUUGGAGUGGCAACGCCAGGACCCCGACCUCCAACAGAUCUGCCUCUGGGUAGAAGUGGGCACUCUACCACCGGACCUGGACAAGCGUUCCCUCUCUCUCCAGAUGCGCCAACUACUGCGUGAGUGGGACCGACUGAAGAUGGACAGGGGUCUCCUGCUGAGUACCACCGGGCCGCGGGGCAUAGUGGAGUGGAGAAGGUCCUGUCCAUUCUAA